AUGGUGACUCUACAGUGCGCUACGGUCUUGCGCCGUGGCUCUCCCUUCAGUUCCGCUUGCCAGAUCUUCUCGUCUGCUUCUCCUUACGCAUCCUCAUCGUCGUCCCUCCUACAGCCUCGGAUAGCCUCUGCGACCUGUGUCUCUUCGUCCUCCUCUUCAUCGUCUUUGUACCAGCGUCGCCUCUUCACUACAAAUCGAAGGGACGAUGGCAACCCUACUUCGCAAGACUUUUACGCUCCUGGUCCAGAGCCAACAAGUGGUCCCUCUGUCCUCCCUCAUACCAACCAAACAACCUCUUUUCCUCCCAAGAACUUCCCCUCGGCCUUUGGUUCCAACCAGGUAUUGCCUGUACCAGAAGACAAUCAGGAGCGUCUAGCGAAGAUUCUCUCUGCAUUCGAUGCACCGAUCCGUUUUGCAUUCGCGUAUGGCUCGGGCGUCUUUCCGCAGGAAGAAGCUGGGCCGGAACAUGCAAAGAGGCCGGAGAUCAAGGAGCCAAAGACGGGCAAACCGAGGAAGAUGGUGGAUCUAGUCCUCGCUGUUGCUCACCCUGAACAUUGGCAUGGACUCAACAAGCAGCGGUUCCCCAAGCACUAUUCAUGGAUUAGCCGACUGACGGGCGCUGAGCUCAUUACGGGAUGGGUACAGCGACUAGGCGCGGGUCUGUGGUACAUUCCCUAUGUGAAGAUCGAGGACGACUUGGUCAAGUAUGGAGUGAUGGACAUUGACACCCUCUGUGACGAUCUACUGGACUGGGAUACACUCUACGUCUCCGGUAGGAUGCACAAGCCUGUAGCCAUGCUCAUUACCGAUCCUCGAGUGCGGCUAGCCCAGCAAGUCAACCUCGCUUCUGCUUUGCGCGUGUCCCUCCUCUUGCUGCCAGAAACCUUCACAGAGGUAGAGCUCUACACGCGAAUCGCAAGUUUAUCCUAUACGGGUGACUUCCGAAUGUCUGUGCCAGGAGGGGAGAAUGCGAACAAGGUACGGAACAUCGUCCUUGCGCAACGCUCGCAGUUCCGAAGACUCUACUCUGGUCUCAUCGGGAGUCUAGGAACAGUCGAAGUCAAGGAGAGCAGGGAGGACCGGUACUACAUGAUUCAGGAUCGAUCGGCUAAAGCCAGAUCGCAAAUGGCUGAACGACUACCAUUGCGUCUGCGAGAAAAAGUAAUGGCGCACUACCUUGCCCAUCCAGAGCUGGACAAGGCCUUCCUCGAGCUUUCCCUCAGCACAAAGGACGAUGAAAUCGGACGAGAACCACCUCCGCAGCACUUACUCGACGCUUUUUGGCUUGCUGCUGUGCAGAGGCAAGACUUUGAGACGAUUCUUCUUGGAGAAAUCUCACGGACGGUCAAAGGCGCGGCUUGGUCACAGAGUCUCAAGGGGCUUUACACUGCAGGACUACCCAAGACGUUCCGCUAUGUGUGGGCAAAGGUGGGCAAGUACUUUGAGGGCAAGAAGGAUGGGAAGAAGGAGAACGAGGAGGGGAAUACAACCACAAGGGAGCAGGAAAAGAAGUAA